CUCGUACGGUAGAAAAUGGCGAGCGCUCGCAGGAGGCAGCUCUGCGCGAGCGAGAAGCGCGGGGUUCGUCAGGAUCUGGACUCAUGGCGCUCUAAACUGGUGCAGUGCGUGGGUAUCGAGAAGAUCAGGGAAUUAUUACUGAAUACAAGAGUAUUUGAGGACCUAAGGCUUUUCAAAGAUUAUAAGCCUGCAAGUGUGUCAAAUUGGUCAUUUGAUGAAAAAUGUCUUUUCUGCUGCUUAAGACGAGAAAAAGUGAAGGAACAUGUAGUGGCACUAACUAAGAAAAUUGUUGAAAGUGGAGGGAAACCUUUGCUUGGAAAAGAUAAUUCUAAUAUCAAGUGGCGUGAGGGGCAGGUAGAAGAGUUCCUCAAUGCUGUCUUACACAGAAAAGAAUACACACCAAGGAUCCCGGAUCCCCACAUACCCGUGGUGGCUUGCGACACCAUGCAGCAAAUGAUCGGUCAGUUAGCAGCGCAUUAUACCUCAAACGCCGACUCUCAGGGCUCACCUCAGCACAAUGGCAUCGUGGACCCAAGCCUGCUGAAAGCUCGCUCCAUCACAUCACCCACCAUUGCUGCUACUACAGCUACUGCUGCCGCCUCUGCACAGAAUCCGGUCCUCAGUAAGCUCCUCAUGGCGGACCAGGAAGCUCCACUGGACCUUUCAGUCAAGCGGGUCAAAACAGAAGUCGUCAAAACAGAAGUCGUCGAACAAGAUGGUGUUCUGGAUCUCUCAAUAAAAAAGCAUCAUAACACAGACUGUACAUCUCCCAGGAGCCCUCAGACGAGUUUACCGAAGUCUUUUGUUCCAAGGGACUCCUUGGAUUUGGGUCUGACUAAAGCGAAAGAUCUGCAGUCCACUUCCACAUUGGAACAGUUCAUGGCGAAGCUUUGUUUGCAUCACCAGCGGCAGGUUGUUGAUGCAUUUGGGUUUCUGCAAACGGAGGUCAAGGCUUCCGACAGUGCUUUUCAGACAUGCUCCCCGAUCAAACAAAAACCUACAGCUUCGGUUAGUAGCCAUGCAACAGUUCAAGAACAGCUACUAAACCAGAUGACUGAGGAGACUCGCAAAUUGGCUGUGGCAAUAAGUACGCCUGAGGUCAAAGAAUCAGCUAUUGCUUCUGUGAAGAUUAAAGAACUUGCACCUUUUGAACAGCCCUUGAAGACUGAAGGCGCUGCAUCGGUCAAGACUUUACCUUGCGUAGAACUGAGCACGAUGGAUAUCAGAGAGGAUAGUUUGUCAUCCUCUGAUUUGGUAGGUGCAGAAAGUAGAAGUACCAUUGAUCCUCCUAAAUGCCCGACUCUCCUCAUUGUAAAAAAUAGAAACUCUGGCAGUCUUGAGGCCAAAAAUGUGACUGAGGAGAUUUCCGACAUUCAGCAUCUUAAAAUGGCCACAAAUGAACAGAGCCUGUGUACUUCUGACACACAAUUACAAGCAAGUAGCAGUGAGUCCGAUAUUGUUGAGCUGUCCUCAUCAUCUCUAGCACGUGUGCACUCUGAACCCAAAUAUUGUGCCGUACGAAGAAGUCUUUCUGCACAUAGCAGAGGUUCCUCUGCCAGAUCUUGCACAGUUUUAAGGACCCCUAAUGUGAUUACACCCAUUUCCCAGUGUGGAACAGCUAGGAAAAGUAGAAAAGCAACUCAUACUCUGCAGAAGGAUAGCUCAGGAUGUCGCGUUAUUAGUGUACCUGACUUUACAUACGACGUCGACAUUGUCUAUAUUGACAAACCAAUUACUGAAUGUGAGCUUCAGUCACAGAACCGAAUGCUUCCACGGAAAAAUGCACGAAAAAGCACAAGAGGAUGUAAGUUUAUUGGGGGAUGUUGGGAACUUAAAACCGUUCGCACGUUGCGAAAGUGUGCUGAGAAUGGUAGUGGAAACUGCCCUGUAACUAUGCCAGAGAUUACCACAUUGAUCACUCCAAAGCAUGCCCUUGCAAAGCCUGAUGGUGUUCCUCCAUUGGACGUACUAUUUGCAGGGGACUGUAUGGAAACUGUGAUCAACAAAAAAGCUUCAGAUCAACCAGUGGAGACGGAAGUUCCUGGGGACGUUCUAGAAAGUGAAGAUUUGAUAGUCGAAACCAGUCAAACAGGUCUAAUUCAAAGCAAGGAACAGUCUUCCCCUGAACAACCUAGUGACACAUCAGUGCAGCAGGAUAAAUAUGCUGAGAUUCCUACCAGUGUUGCUGACAAUGAUGUUCAAACUGAGCCAGAAAACCCCAAGGAUUCCCCAAGCAAUGUGGUCGAUAUUAAUGUACCUUGUGCAGAGGUAGAGGUGGAGCUGGUGACGGAAAACCUAGAUGCCCCAAUACCAGAUGGGACGUUAGCUGGACCAGAAACUGAAGAUAUAACAGAAAAUACAACCACAGAAGCAAUGUUAAGCCCAUCGUCUGAUUUAGACAUGCCCCAAGAUGUCGCCCAUGAUUCAGACAACUUAAAUUCAGAGGAUUUGAAAGAUGAAAACAAAUCGUCUCCAAGGGAUGAACAGCAGAUCGAGGCAAUUGAGCAAAUUCAGGUUCAAGAACUGAAUCCAGAAAUGCAGGUAGCAACAUUCACAGGUGCAGAGAAGAAUGCAGAUUUGCAGAUGACUGAAACAAAUCUCAAUUCUGAAGAUGGUACCAAAGCAACAGAAGAUAAUACAGCUGAGCUUGGAGCAAAGUCUGAUUUAAUUGUUGAGGAAAUUGCUACAAAUGAACAACCUGAAACCUCUAAGGAAGAAAAGAUUGUACAGAAAACCCCUGAAAGGUCAAGUCCUAAAAAAGGUGCUGUGAAAAGCAUUGUUUCUUCAGACCGAUGUUUACGUAGCAGAGUCUCCAAAGGAACCUCAGAACAAACACCACAGCCUGAAAUGCCAGUUCCAACAGAAGUUCCGACGGAACUACUCGCCCAGUCGGAUGUCCACGAAAAGAGCAUUAAUACUCAAGAGUCUAAACCACCACUAAAAGCUUGCAAAUUAAAUGAAGUUGAAGAAACCAUGCCGAGUCAGGAUGAUCAGAAUAAUUUGAAUGCUUCAGAAAGUCCCAAAACUGAGAAAUCCCAGAAGUCCCCAGUUGUCUCCGAGAAGCCCGACAUGGGAACAACUGCGGAGAAUAUGGUGUGCACAAGGCGAAAGCAGAAAGUGAAGGACAUGAUGGUGAAGGAAUCUGAGAGUGACAAAGAGAAGGAUGUUCUUGAGGUUUCAACUGCAAAAGAUGAGGUUGUGGCCAAACCUCAAGUAACCUUAAGUGGUGGAUCAUCAAAUGAAGUUGCAGAGAAUGUGGAGGUUACGCCACGCAAGACAGAGGAAUCUCCUGGCAAGUCCUUAAGGUCUUCUGAAAGAAUGCCUCUUCGAAGCAGUAGUCGUCAGAUUGAACAACCUGCAAGUAAGGGCUCUUCCUCGCCUGUCAAGAAUACAGUGCAAACCCCUGAACGAAUGUCUCUGAGAAACAGCAGUACUGUUGAUCAGCCUGUUGCUGGAGAUUCUGGUAGUGUCCCAGCUGGAGACGGUCGUUCAGACCAUCAGGGGCGGGUGCCAUUACGAAGCAGGGACAGCUAUGCCAAUGCUGAGCCGAGUGUUGGCAAAGAGUGCAGCUUAUCUCCUAAUAGAAGCAGUUCAGAAAAUGUAAUUGAUCAGAAGGUUUCUGAUGAAUCUAGUGACCCUUCUGAAUUGAAUAAAGAUAAAUCAAGCUCUUCAACUGCUAAAUCCAGUAGUGACACUAGGCUUGCCAGCAGUGCAAGCAGUAGUGAGACCAUCAGUGGACACAUGCCUCUAAGAAGUGGAAAAACCUCAAAUUCUCCCUCUGAUCAACCUAGCAGCGACAUCAGUCAUACCAACAGUGCAAGCAGUAGUGAAAAUACUGGACACAUGCCUCUAAGAAGUGGAAAAACCUCAAAUUCUUCUACUGAUCAACCUAGCAGCGACACCAGUGAUACCAGCAGUGCAAGCAGUCGUGAGAGUACUGGACAUAUGCCACUUAGAAGUGGGAAAACCUCAAACCCUCCAACUGAACAACCCAGUAGUGACAUUAAUCUGGCUAGCAGUACAAGCAGUAGCGAGAGUAGCAGACACAUGCCUCUAAGAAGUGGGAAAACAUCAAACUCUCAGACUGAACAACCCAAUAGCGACACCACUCUUACCAGCAGUAUAGGCAGUAACAAGAGCACUGGACACAUGCCUCUAAGAAGUGGAGGUGUGUCAAUAGCAGAACAGCCAUCCAACAGUAGAUUGCCUGGAAAUGUCCCAGAAAGUCCUGGACGCAUGUCAUUAAGAAGAAGUAAUGCCUCUGUUGCUGAGAAGACGGACAGCUCAGCAACUCCUCCCAAGGUCAAGAAAUUUUCUCAAAAAUUUCAAACAACUCCUAAAUCACCUGAGACUUUCUCAGUCCUAGAGGAAGAACAGAAUCCCAAUGUUUCCAGUGCAAAAUUGACUGUAAAGACUGAUAAACUUCUCAAGGACCAAAAAUUCAAAGAUUGCCCCUCUUCUUCAUUGCCAGAGGGCACUCUUAUUUCUGUUAACCUACCAACUUCUGGACCAGUUCUGCAUAGUCCAUCCAAGUUUUUGGAGGUAUUAAACGAAAACGAAAAUCAACAUUUGAUUACAGAUUUAAACGUCAAAUUCGACAAGAUGCAGAAGGGUUGGGUUCAAAUGGACAAAGAGGCACAGCCUCCACCAAAACCAAAAAACAAGGGGGAUAGGCUGAAAGAAAUCUGGAAAAGCAAAAAAAGGAUUCGGAAACCAAGGUCAUUGGAGCAGCAGAGAUUCUCUCCUGUGCAGACGUUAUUCAUGAAGUCUUUUGAUCUCCCCAGCAUCUGUCGGUGGUUCCUGCAGUCUACGGAGACAAAGUCUCUUGUCAUUGUAAAGAAAGUGAAUACUCGACUUCCCUCAGAAACGCAGUUGUGCUUUCACAGCUCGGCGUCUCUUCCAGGGUCCACCAAUGGGGUCUUCCCAAGCCUGCAGGCGGAACGCUUGAAAAAGCAUCUGAAAAAGUUUGCCAUUGCAUCCCCUGUAAAGAGCACCCCCAAGACCAAGAGGCUCAUUGCUAAAGCUUUAGCUGAGGGUCUUUCUGUUCCCAAGGGUAAAGAAAAGCGUGAAACAAGCACUGCCACACGGAUCUCCACAAAGCCUCACAGCUAUAGCGGCCUAAUUCAGACAUCACCCUCUGAGAGCCACAGCAAGGUCACAGCCAAUACAAAAAACCCAGCAAGUGCCAGAAUUUUGAGGAAGUAUUCCAAUAUACGUGAGAAAAUGCAAGUUCAACAAAAAAAGACUCUAAAGACCCUGAAAAGUAAAGAAACAAGCAAACCGCGUGUGAUGCCAAAGAACAUCUCCAAAAAAGAGAUGUCCACAAGUAAAGGGCAGAAGUCUGCUAUCGUCAAGAAAGUAAAAGUCUUGGCUAAAAAAGCAACAACAAAGUCAAGUAGUGUAAAAGCGCAGACCCCGAAGAGCGUCGUCAGUAAAGCAUUAAAAGGUUUGAAGAGCCGAGCUGGUCUCCCAACAAAGAAGGUGCUUCCUAAAAAAUCUAAAACGAACCCAGUAACCAAUACUAAAACGAAGAGCAAAAAGGAGAUGGUGGCAAAAACUGACCUUCAGAAGUCUCCACAUACAAAAACUGAACAUCACAAGAAAUCGCCUGCCCCUAAAGGUUCUGAAAGUUUGACGUCUCAGUCUAGUCAGGCUACAGACACAAAACCCUCGAAUUCUGAGGACCAGGUAUUAACCAGGUCUCAGAGAAAGGUUGACGCUGCAGCUCUUGCACAAACCCGAUCUCCAAAAGCCGCCACAAAGAGAGGCAUGGAAGCCUCGCCCUCUUCUGCAAAACGUACAAGGACCUCAAAGUAGGGUACAAAGUGGACGAGCAGAUAAGGACUGCAUGAAGGCUGGAGGACAGAAGGGUGGUGAGAUUUGGGGGUUUUCUGUUGUGAAAGGACAUGCUUGAAGGAUUUAGAAUUUUGUAAAGCUUCUCGAUGCUGAUGCUGAACCUGUGCAAGUUGUGUUUUUUUUUUUGUUUUUUUUUGUGAAGUCCUGCAAAACCAGUGCAGUGUGCAAACCUCCUACUUCUAAAGUUCACAACCAAAUGUAUAUUGUGUUAAUAGUUUUUAUCCAGUUAAAGCUGCUUUCACACUGAAUGCGGUAUCCCCUGGACUUGGCGCUUAAAUUCGUGCAAACUGCACAAGCUAGUUGGAUGCAAAAGUAGGAAGCGUACUUUGUAGCAAGCGAGGGAGGGUCUGCAAACGUCUAAACUAACUAAGGAUUUAUUUUAAGUUAAUUUUUCCAAUUAGUCAACGAUUAUUUCUGCCAUGACCUCCUUUUCUGUUUCCUGUAGGUAUAUGGCUCCUGUUCCCAGCUUUCUGUAUUGCCUCAAAAUGAUAGAAACAGCUGGAUUCUUUCAUUCAUUGCGCAUACAACGAAUAUUCAAUACUGUAGACAGUACUGAUUGUCGAAAAAUCGUUACAGCCCAACUUGAAAGUUUCUCUUUGAUAACCUGUUUAAAUGCUGGAAGUUCAACCUUGGUUGAAUCCUGCUUCCAUACUGAACCUUUUUUAACGGGUCACGACAGGUUUUCAGAUCAGUAUCGCACAGAUCUUCAUGGUUAAAAUAGAAGCAGCGUCAUCGGCGAAUCUACCGCGUUCAGUGUGAAAUCAGCUUUCGACUUCUAAGCAUAAUAGUUGUCACUAUUGAGUAGGCGUCAGUUUUGUGCCUCCGUCAUUACAAAGCUACAGUACUUUAUGCUAAUGUAACUUACGCUAAUAUUGCCAUUGACGUGGUGGUCCAUCACUUCUCAUCAUGGAAGCAUUACUAUGUAUGAUUGUUCGGAAAUCGGCCCUAUUUAUAAUCGAUCGGCUGCUGCACCUUUUCUGGCCGUCAGCGUCACAGAUAGCAGGUAGAAGGUUGUGAGACUUUGGUAAUGUGCCUUAUAUAUAUAUUUUGAGUAACAGAGACUAUUGUUGAAGCCUCAGCAUCUUUCAUAUUGCACAUACAGUAGAUGGGUGUCAAAUUUAGGUUAAAGGUGUUAAUUUUAUGCCCACGAUCCAUUUAAAUCCGUAGAGUCCAUAAAGUUCUGUCCCAUAUUUGGCAUGCAAAUGCCGUACUCAGUGAAUUUUUCCACCUUUGAAGAAUUUUUAGUUCUUUGAAAAUUUUAUUCUAGGUAAAUCUCUCUUUCAGAGCAUUAAAAUAAUUCUCAAUUCAUUAAUUCUUCUAAGUUCUAUUUGUUCGUCUUAUCAUGUUGUUGUAAUUCUAUUAUAAUAAUGUCUCGCAUUUGGUUUGUAGCUUCCACAUCCUCCGUUCCAUUAGGUCACCAGGUGGUGAAAUAAAAUAAUUAUUUAAAAAUUAUUUUCUUUCUGCUCCACAUCAUGUCAGAAUAGUGCGAGUUCGAAUCCCAGGUCGUGCUUCGAUGCUGCAUUGGUGUAAAAAAAUUAAAAAAUGUUUUUUUUAAAGCAUACGAGUUACUGUAACUUGAGUUAAAUUCCUAGUAGAAUUACGUUUUCUUUAUUAUUUGUUUUAAUGUUCAAAUGUUGGUCUUUGCUGUCUGUUAGGGGUGUAACGGUACACAAAAGUCACGGUUUGGGUCACAGGUUUGUUUGGACCUCACAGUUUAAGAGAGUGCGAUAUUACGGGGGAAAACAAAGAUUAACCUAGGUUUCAUUUCAGUUUAAAAGCAUGGCACAAAUACCUUUAAGCUAUUUUAUUUAUAAAAUAAUAAAAAAAGUCAUAUUUCUGAAAAUCUGUGGGAAAAUGUUUCAAUUUGUUCUGAUUCAGAAUUGUGCAAAAUAAUUUAGUUUCAGUGCAUCAAUAAUUAAUUUAUUGCUAUUGGCAAUCCGUAAAUAACCUACUCCAGCCAUAAAAAUGGUGCCUCAAAAUUACUCUUUACACUUUAAUAGUGUGUUUGGAAGUCGACUAAUCUGUCUCUUAUUUUUUCAGAUUACUCAACUAUUGUUUUUGCAAUGCCUUUAAUCUCUGCUCUCUGUAGAAGUACAGCCCAUGUUUUUGUGAGGUUAAAUACCCUUAACAUGCCCAGAGAAUAUGAAAAUAAAAAUUUAAAAGCUAUAAAAAAAUGUGGCUUAAAAUUAUUGAGUUCACCAUACGUUUAUAAGACUGAAACGAAUGAUUUUAUUUUGGUAGUUGAUUAAUUUGUCGAUUAUUUUUCAAAAGCGAUUCAAAGCGAUAGAAACUGCUAAAUAUGGGGUUUAAAUACCCUUUAAAAAGCCAUAAAAACAUGGCUCAAAAUAAAACCGUAAUUUUAUUUACCAUAAAAUAGUGUGUAGGGCUGUAACUAAUGAUUUUUAUUUUGGUAGUCGACUAAUCUUUCUCCAUCACGAUAGAAGCAGCGUAACUUUGGGUUUAAAUACCUUUUUAAACACCCAGAGGAUAUGUAAAUAUUAAAUAAUUUGAUAUUUAGUGAGAUAUGUAAUCUGCUGAACAUGAACAGUCCCUAAUAGUCCUUUUUGUAGAGUAGGUGCUGUUGCAAAUUAAUAAUUAGUUGGCAUAGAAAAUUUGGCGUCAACACAUUUUUAAUAACACAUUUCCAACUGUGAUGCUUUGCUAAGAAAUGCAGGUACCGUUACACCCCUACUGUCGUCUGAGCUCAUCCUUAUUCUUUUUAAGCUAUUUUUUUACUCCUUGUCAGAAUUUGAGUCUUUUAUUUAUUCGUGAUCUCGCAGUAAGACAUUGAGAAACGGACUUCCGAACCCAUAUUUGAUUUGAGAUUAAAAUAGAAAGCUAUUUUUUUUUUUUUUUUUU